UUAAAAUAUUUUAUCCAGUAAAUCUGAUCGCAAAAGAUUAAUAGCUCGAGCUGCGGAAUCGCUAUCGUUUUGUAUCAAAUUAACAAAACAUUGAAACAGUCUAAUUACACACGAUCUGGGACGUUAAAAUUAUUGUUUAAGUUAUCGUCAAUGACUUCGAUUUAACACAUAUACUUUCCGCUAUUAUUCCAUCAAGUAUAUUGAAUUAUAAAACUUGUACUUGAUAAGAAAAUUGAAAAUGGAAUCGCAAUGAUGUUAACGGAUUAAUUUGAUAUUUAUUGCGUGAAUCAGCGUGUUUCAAUUUUCUCGAUCUUUACUGUUUUUCGAUUGUGUGAUUUGUAUUUCUUACAUGCCACAGUGAUACUUGUUUGAAAGCUGGAGGAACUAAUGUGAGAUCAGCCACGCGAGUGCUUUAGUACAACACGGCAGUAAGAAGUUGGUAAAAGUUAAGCGCUCUCUCCAACAUUUCCGCGAGUAUCCCCUGUCGGAGAUUGAUUGUCAGCGUCUUUGCACGAGCGGCUUAAACUCCGAUCCCAAUGUUGUCCGGUGUUAUAUCACGCAGAUUUCUCCUGGGCUCGGACGAAAUAUCAUACGCCCAAAUUUCUAACAUAUCGUUAAUCUCACAGUACAUUUCGCCAUGAGUUAAGCGGCUAUCGGUGCGCCCAGAGAGGAUCGCGCAAAAAAAACAAAGAAAAGACCUUGUGUCGGAGAGACGGCAAAAUUCAAAACACGAAAUUGUGUAUCGAUUUCGGAAAAAUCUAAAGAAACUAAACAUCCCCAUACCUCCUUGUGAUCGUCGCGCACCGCCACCACCACUGUCUCUCUCUUCCACGCGCAUCCUCGAACACGUGAUCGAGCGUACCGAACCGAGAAAAGAAAAAAAAACACACAUACACACCACAAGAAAUAUAUCGUCGAUAGCGAUCUGAAAUCGUGCACUGAAGUCAGUCAUGAAUCUUAUGUUCCGCAAGAAUUUCGGAGGCGAGAGGGGAUCCGGUGGUGGCGGACUAGGUGGAGGAGGACUAGGACUAGGGGAAGUUCGGCCUGUCCUGGGCACCGGGGCCUCGUUCGGUCAGCUAGGAACGCGUUUUGGCGCGGCGCGCGUCGGCCAGUCGGUGGUCGGCGGCGCACGUGGAUCCGGACGACGCAGCCGGGACUUGGGAUACUAUCCGUCGAUGGGCGAUCACGAGCACCAGGUUACGAGCCACGGCUAUCGUACUCACUUGUUCCUGUCACCACCCACAGGUGGGGCGCUUGGCUCGCCACCCGAGGACCCGGGCGAGCGGCUGGGUCCGCCGCCGCGUCGCAAUUCGGGGCCCCAUGUGAUCAAAUGGGGCGGCGGCGGGCCCGUCGGUUCCGCGCAGGGUGCGCAGACCGCGAAUCAAGCCCGGAGAAAACAAAACCAGAAAGAAUCUUCCGAUCCACCGACCCCGACUGCGUCUAGGCAGCAGGUGUCUUUCAGCGGUAACCGUGCUUCCGGCACUUACACGCCCCUUGUGGUCUCUGGAAACAGUCCACCGCGAGGCGAACCAAUUUCCUUGGCCACUUUGGACCGUGACUGUUUUAUCAUACCUCUCGCUUCUCUCGAACGUUUUUUACCAGCGGGUGUACCACAUGCUCCUGUCGCUGACAAGAAGAGACCAGGAAGUCCUUUGUCGGUUCUCGAGGUUGAGGAUCCUAAGCAAUGUGUUCUCGCGCAUUUUAUGACACCAUUGGAGCCUCUGGAUCCCUUAAUUGAAUCUCCAGUAUCUCGUCCGCUGGUUCUACAACGCGAUACCGCCGCAGAACUAGUUGCUGAGUUAGCACCCUCUGCGUCGCAAAGUAUUUUGCUUACGAAUAUGGAGAAGAACACGGAUUUUCCGUUCAUUACGUAUUAUCUAAUAAACAAGCAAAACACGGAGCCUAUGGAUUUUUACAAUGAAGUGCAAUGCGCGGCCUUACGUAAGUUCGAUCCCCGAGACCUCAGAUAUGCGGCCAAUCAUACAUUGGAUCUGUUCAAUGAGGUAGCAACUAUCGCAAGACCGCCACUCGAACCACCCGGUGGAAGACCACCCAUUCCGUCCACCGGCUAUAUUGUGUCGAUUUUCAAAGUUUUUGAGGGUGAUGACGGUCUUAAGUUUGAACAAAAUUGGCUCUAUUGGACAGGUGCACGAAUGAUAUAUCGAUACUUGCCAAAAUCGGUGGGUCUCAGGCGUAUCACUUUGCACAAAUCGAUAUCGCAAGGCGAUAAGAUGUAUCUAUUAAUCUGCGAGUGCUCGCAGUUGCAAGACAAUUUAUCCGCUGCGGCAAUACUUUUACCGGCACUUCGCGCACGUCUGUGCGGAUACACCGGGCUUUAUAGACCCUCCGUGUGUUUCUGAUUCCUUACCCAGCUAUUAGAAUCUGCGAGGAGCAUUGUUUCAAAUUGCAUUACAUGCAUCUCUCCACAGGAAAAUUCAAGCGAAACAAAACGUAAUCCUCUCCCAAGUUCUAGCGGCUGCCAAGAGAAGGCACGAUACUGACUUUUCCAGGAAUCGUAAAAUAUCGUCGCAAAUGCCGCUAACAAACAAGACACUGUGAUUUCUACUAUCGUACUAUCUAUUAUAAGAAGCGCAACUUCGUAUACGCUUUAGAUAAGUCUUGUCGAUUAUCGACGAAACAGCAUGCUCGAUUAGAUACGCCAUUGGACCUAUUUGUAUUUUUCGACUUUACUAUUUCGUUCAUCAUACAAACGAGCGUUGCCCGAAUAGGGUCACCAAACGAAACGGAAAUACAGAACAAAUAGCAAUAAAAUUGGUAUGUAAGCUGCAGAGAGUAUCGCAAUACUUAAUGCAAAAUAAGUGUCCAAGAAAUCUAUUAUAUAUAUACAAAUGGAUGAAUCCUCGACAUUUAAUUUUCUUCAAAAUGGGAAUCUAUGGAACAGAUAACGAUAAUGUACGUGUUAUUGAUUAAAGACUUUUGGUUACCCUAUGGGUAUCGCGCGAUAUACAUAACCAUAACAACAUAUAUGCAAUGUACUUUUCUUACAUUAUUGGUAACUAUCGAAUAAUCGCUAAUUACAUAUCAUACUCGAUAAACUGUGAUAUUUGAGCGAGCGGCGUAUAUAUCACAAUGAAAGAUAAAUCUUCUUGAAACCUACUCUUGAAAAUGCUACUAUUGAAAUCAAUCUAGAUGAUUUAGAUACAAAGUAGUGAAACUUUGAAGGCCGACGUAAUAGAACGUAAUUUAAAGCCUUUUAUCGAUUAUCUUCAUAUUUGAUAUUAUAUAUUCAUAUCAAAUGCGGAUUACUGACGCUCGCAAAAUUUGAAUGACAAAUGCAAAUGUGGAUAAAUUACAAAUCCAGAAAAUAAAAACUUCAAUU